GAAAACGCUUGCAGGAAAACUGCGUGAUUUUAUUUUUUGGACGAGAACUUAAGGAAUUUCAUAGCUUAAACUGCCAAUAAUUGUACUAAAUUAAUAUUAUAGAAUGUCGGAUGGUGAUUUAGAUGCCUUACGCGCUCAGCGCAUGUCACAGUUGCAGUCGCAAUUUGGCGGCGGCGGUGGCAAUGAUGCAGAAAAACAACAAGCCCAACAGGAGCAGAUGCGCGCCCAGGAGGAGAUGAAGCACUCGAUUCUGUCCCAGGUUCUUGACCAGCAGGCUAGGGCGCGACUGAACACACUCAAGGUGAGCAAGCCGGAAAAGGCACAAAUGUUCGAGAACAUGGUCAUCCGGAUGGCCCAGAUGGGUCAGGUGCGCGGUAAACUCGACGACGCCCAGUUUGUGAGCAUCCUGGAGAGCGUCAACGCCCAGAUGCCUCAGAGCAAGUCCACCGUCAAGUACGAUCGACGCCGAGCAGCCAUUGAUAGCGACGACGAUGAAGACUACGGCUGCUGAUCCGGCCAGAAUCGCACUCAGCUACUCCUUAUAAUUUUAGUUUUUGCUAAAUCAUCUUUAUUUUUAA